UCUUAGGGUUAAACCAACCAAACAACCAUACACAAAAAAAUCUCAACCCAAGCCAGGCAAAAAUGUCGAAGAUCAACGUCGUUGUACUUGUGGCCGUGACCGUCUCCGUGCUGCUCGGCGUCCAAGCUCGUCCCUCGGACUCCCCGGAUGCCCAUGCCGAGAUCCGGAGCUUUGUCAACGAGCUGAAGCAGGAUGAUGGCAGCUACAACUACCAGUUCGAGACGUCCAACGGGAUUGCCCAGCAGGAGCAGGGAGUCGGCGGCUAUUAUGCCAGCGGCUCUUCCCAGUACUACACGCCGGAGGGACAGCUCAUCCAGCUGACCUACACGGCCGACGAGAACGGAUUCCAGCCGCAGGGCGAACACCUGCCGACGCCGCACCCUAUUCCGGAGGCCAUCCUAAAGUCGCUGGAAUGGAACCGGAACCACCCGGAGGAGACUGGCGAGUACGAACACCACGACCACCACCACAAGCACGGCCAGGAGCAGGGCAAUCAGUAUCUGCAGCCAGCUGGUGCCCUUUUGGCGCCUGCCGCCGGGUCCGUGGGUCAGGGUCUGCCCUACGACAGGAAGGUCUAAGCUAGGAGCAAGUCAGGGCCAUGUGCCCCAAUACAUCCCCAGCACCCAUAGUGUCAGCAUCCGCAUCCAUCUUGUCCCUGUGUGUGUCAUGUCCUGUCUGUUUGCAUAGGCAAAGCACCCAGCACCCAGCAUCCAACAUCCAACAUCCAACAGCCAGUAUCCAGUAUCCAGCAAACAGCAGAAAGAACAUCGGAGGAGCAACUACAUCUCGAGGCACACCCACUCGCACCACGCACUGUAUAUAUAUAGUCUAGGCCCUCUCAUACAUUUACAUCAACAUGCUCCCGGGCCGCGUCCUCUGACCCAUCGUCUCCGCCGUGUCCCGUAUUCCGUGUCCUGUGUCGGCUCGACUGACGUUGACAUUUAUUGCCAGAGAUAAUAAUAAUGUAAUAAAAGAAAAAUACAAUUUAA